AUGAAUGGCUUACCUGAUGAUUGGCAAGUCUUUUUGAAUGAAGUGAUCGUUCCUAUCAAACCUGAACCAGAAGUUGACAACGAUCAGCGUCUAGAUGAUGACUGGAAUGAAGAAACAGACGGCAGUCUCGAAUCAGCAAAAAUGGAGCAGGCAAAGUUAAAAGCUUACUACGAUAGUUUUCCAAAUAUUGAUGACGCUACAAACAGUACAGGAUUAGACGUAAGGGAAGCUACAGAAUUUACGGAAUCGAUAUUACGUCAAUUGCCAUCCGGAGACGUUGCUGAACGAAGCACUAUGUGCCAUGUAUUGGCCAAUUUGUUUGCGAAUCAAAAUAUACCAAUUUUAUUUUUUGAUUCUGCUCAUGGUAAAAAUCUCCAUGAUGCAUCGAGAAAUUUGGCUGAAAUUGACUUAGAAGAUAGACCAUUUGUGUUAAAGUUAAAGAGUAGUGAAGGGUUGAAAGGCAGCAUGCGAUCAGAAACUGAACAUGGUAAAAUAAAAUUAGCUCGAAUAUUAAACAAUGCAAUUGAUCAAAAUCAAUCUCAUCCGCUUAUGGAAGACAUUCGCAAAAGGUUAUCAAAAGCACAUAAAAUCGAUAAAAACGAUAUCGAUUUUAAAAUCUUUUAUGUUGGAUUAUUUAAUGUGGUAUAUACACUGAAAGAUUCGACAAAUAUAUCGGUGGAGUCGCUCAUAAAACUUAGAAAAAAACUAAAACAUCAAUUUGAACAAUUUAUAGAUGCAAAAAUUCACCCAUUAUUAUAUCGUCCAUCAUUUGAUAUUUCAUUCUUUAAUGAGCGUGGUAAUAGAACGUUUCCCUCUAAAUCCGAAACUCACAAAGUUGGUCCACCUGGUCAUACUAAACGGUAUUUUCAACCUGCUCUAUGGACGAGGUAUGGAUUAAACGUUAUUGGUAAAUAUGAAGAUGGUGAUACUUGGCUCCAUCCAUUUCUCGAUCCUGGAAACUGGUACAGAGCUUUCCAUGGAACUGGAAAUGCAAGAAGUGAAGAUUUUGGUCAUGCGGAUCAAUCUUUUGACGAGCAAUUUGCAUCUGUCGAUGCUGUUGCAAAUAUUUACAAGAAAGGAUUUAAGACAGCAAGAAUUGCUGUUUAUGGAGCCGGCGUUUACUGUUCUCCAAAUCCUAAGGGUUUAUAUAGUGUUGUUCCAUACUAUUAUUUGAGUUUGUUUACAUCUGAUGAACUUGAAGAAGUAGUAUGGGAAAAAUUUUAA